GGUCAAAGGCUUUGAAGUAAUCAUGGAUAAAAGAGGAGGCAUAACAGAGACUGAAAAUGGUGAUGCUUUCCUGGAGUUGAACAGAAUUACAACAAAAUACCCACAUCGUUACACAAAGGAGGAACUGCUGGAUAUUAAAGAGCGUCCCUACUCCAAGCAAAGACCUUCUUGUCUUUCUGAAAAAUAUGACAGUGAUGGUGUGUGGGAUCCAGAGAAGUGGCAUGCAUCUUUAUAUCCAACUUCAGGAAGAACUUCACCAGUGGAAAGCUUUAAGAAAGAUUUGGAUUCAGAUCGGACUUCUCUUAUGCGUAGGAUAGUAGAUCCAAGGGAGCGAGUGAAAGAAGAUGACUUGGAUGUAGUCUUAAGCCCACAAAGACGAAGCUUUGGAGGUGGCUGUCAUGUAACUGCAGCUGUUAGCUCACGGCGCUCAGGGAGCCCAUUAGAAAAGGAGAAUGAUGGUGUCCGUGUUAUCGGUGGCCGUAGGAUUGGCAGUGGAAGAAUAAUCUCUUCUCGUAACUUUGACAAAGACCACCGGGGUGGUGAGAAGGACAUACGUGACUCUAGAGAUUCAAGAGACCGUGAUCGAGAGAGGGACUACAAAGACAAACGCUUCAGGAGGGAGUUUGGUGACAGCAAACGUGUCUUUGGGGAGCGAAGGAGGAAUGACUCGUACACUGAAGAGGAACCAGAAUGGUUCUCUGCUGGUCCUACAAGUCAGUCUGAAACCAUUGAGCUCACAGGCUUCGAUGAUAAAAUUUUGGAGGAAGACCACAAAGGUAGAAAACGUACAAGACGACGCACGACCUCACUGAAAGAAGGGAUAGAAUGCAAUGGUGGAGUGGCAGAAGAGGAUGAAGUGCAAACUGUCCUUGCCAAUGAAACUCCAGCAGAUCAAGAAGUUCCUAGGGAAGCUGUUUUACAAGAACCAGCUCCAGGAGAGUUUGACUUCAAUGAGUUCUUUAACUUGGAUAAAAGUGUUCCUGGCCUGGCUUCGAUGAUAGAGGAUGUGCUGGGGGAAGGCUCAGUGUCUGCAUGCAGGUGGUUUUCUAAUCCUAGUCGCUCUGGAAGUCGGUCAAGCAGCUUGAGAUCUACACCACAUGAGGAACUGGAGAGGCUAGCAGGUCUAGAGCAAGCCAUUCUGUCCCCUGGCCAGAACUCUGGAAACUACUUUGCUCCCAUUCCAUUGGAAGACCACUCUGAAAACAAAGUGGACAUCCUAGAAAUGCUACAGAAAGCCAAAGUGGACUUAAAACCUCUUCUCUCAAGUCUUUCAGCCAACAAGGAAAAGCUUAGAGAGAGCACACAUUCAGGCGUAGUACUUUCAGUGGAAGAAGUCGAAGCUGGGCUAAAAGGUCUGAAAGUGGAUCAAGAAGGAAAAAUUGCUACUCCAUUUAUGGCAGAGCAAAUGGAGGAAUCAUUGAAUGUCGCUGGCUCUAGACAGCUCAAGAAAGAUGGAGACAUGACAGCAUUUAAUAAACUAGUCAGCAGUAUGAAGGCAAGUGGGACUCUACCUUCACAGCUCAAAGUCAAUCAGAGCCUUGAGAGCCACCUAAUGUCACCUCCAGAGAUGCCAGGCCAGCCUCUAUCAAAGAAUAUUCUGCAGGAACUUCUCGGUCCACCCAUUACCAGACCCGCUUCAUCAAAUGUCUUAAGUGGCCUGAUAGGUGGUUUGGAGCCUGCAUCCUCUCUACUGACGCAAAGAGCACCUUCUCCCCCUAUCCCACCUGUGUUUCCAACUCGAGCUGCUUCUGCGGAUUACCUGCGCCAUAGAAUAUCUUCACCCAUUG